GACCCAUUUUACCAUUUCUUGAACAGGUAGUGUGUUUAUUUCAUAGAAAGGGACCGGUCUGCUUAUCUCUUCACCAUCUUCCUUCUAGCUCCUCUCCCCUUAUCUAUCCGCCUUCUCCUCAAACUUUCUGCCCUACAUUCAUUCAUCCAUCCAUCCAUCCAUCUAAUAAUAAGCUUCAAGAGAGAAGGAGAGAGAAAGAAAGAAAGAAAAAGAGAGAUGGGUAAUUGCCAGGCCGUUGAUGCAGCAGCACUUGUUAUACAGCACCCAAGUGGGAAGAUAGACAGGAUGUACUGGUCGGUCAGUGCCAGUGAGGUGAUGAAGAUAAACCCAGGUCAUUAUGUCUCUCUCAUCAUUCCCUUGCCACCAGUUCCCGGUGAAGAAGAUCAGAAGACAGUCAAGUUCACCAAAGUCAAGCUUCUCCGGCCAAGUGACACCCUUAUUCUUGGUCAUGCCUAUCGCCUAAUCACGUCCCAAGAGGUUAUGAAGGUCCUUCGAGCAAAGAAGCAGGCUAAAUUGAAGAACCAGCAGGAAUUGCAGAAUCCAAUUUUGGAGGGAGAAACUGGGAAGUCUAAUGAUGAAGUUGUUGAGGAGAACAAUCAGGUGAUGAGGCAGCAGCAAAGGAAUAAACAGCACAAAGCAGGACAAUCAUCCAUUCUGGCUGCGGGGGGAAGAUCAAAAUCAUGGAGACCUUCAUUGCAUAGUAUCACCGAGACCACAAGCUGAUGAAUUUUGUGGAUUCUAUUUGCAAGUUUAUGAACGAUUCAAAAGUUGUGAUUCACAAGUAGAUAUUUUGCAUGAAUUUAACAUUCCCAAGUUGUGUGAUUCACAAGUAGAGAGUAAUCCUACUAUCAACAAAAAAUUGUGCACUUGUGUCGAGGACUGACUCCUCUAGUAUUUAAACCACUCAGCAUUAAUAAAACCUCUGUAUAGAAAGCGAGAAACAAGAAUGGUUUGGUUGUGAAAUUUUGUUUUGGAUCUCAAA